GGCCUCGUGUGUAUCUGCAGUCGAUGCAGUCGUCUGCGCAGAUCUGCUGCGUGCGCGCGUGUCGAGCUGCUGGCGGUGUGUUAUGGAGGGUUUGGGUCUUCAGGCCGUGACUUUGGCUGACGGGUCGACCGCUUACAUCCAACAGAGCGUCAACGAUGGGAGUGUGCUGGAGGAGGGAAACACUGUUCAACUGGAGGACGGAUCUACAGCGUUUAUUCAAAAUAUCACAGUACAACAGAAAGAGUCAGUGGCGUUUGAGGACGGUCAGGCGGUGCAGCUCGAGGACGGAUCGACCGCAUACAUUCAUCACACACCUAAAGACGGUUAUGACCCCAGCGCAGUAGAGGUGGUUCAGCUGGAGGAUGGCAGUACCGCAUACAUCCACCAUCCAUCCUCACUGCAGACAGGUGGCGCUCUGGAGACGGAUGUGAUGGGGAACUUCAGCACCAAGACGAUGACAUCAGAGGGUGAGAAUGAUGAAAACACUGAGAACAGAAACAGAGCAGAACAGACCAACAUACAGGUGAUGUAUGAAGGGAAGCUCUGGAGCUCCAGUAAAGUUCAACAGGUUGGUGAGAAAACUUUUCACUGUGGUCACACGGGCUGUGGACGAUACUACACCACAGCACAUCAUCUAAAGGUGCACGAGCGCUCUCACACAGGUGACCGGCCGUACAGGUGUGAGUUUCCCAGCUGCACUAAAGCCUUCGCCACCGGUUACGGUCUGAAGAGCCACCUGAGGACUCACACCGGAGAGAAACCAUACAAAUGCUCAGAGGACAUGUGCUAUAAAGCCUUCAAAACCUCAGGAGAUCUCCAGAAACACCUGCGCACACACACAGGCGAGAAGCCCUUUAAAUGUCCGUUCGAGGGCUGCGGACGUUCCUUCACGACAUCAAACAUACGCAAGGUUCAUACGCGCACACACACAGGCGAGAGGCCGUAUCUCUGUCCCGAGCCCUCGUGUGGAAGAGCGUUUGCCAGCGCUACCAACUAUAAAAACCACCUGAGGAUUCACACAGGAGAGAAGCCCUAUCUGUGUACGGUUCCCGGCUGUGGGAAGAGUUUUACCGAAUAUUCCAGUCUUUAUAAACAUCACGUGGUGCACACGCACUGUAAACCGUACACCUGCUGUCACUGCGGGAAAACUUACAGGCAGACGUCCACGCUGGCCAUGCACAAACGCACCGCACACGGAGACUUCGACACAACGGAAGACGAAGUUUUCAACGGCUCGCUGCAGCCCGCUGAGCAGAAGGUAAAUGAUGCUGAAGUUGCCAUGGAAACAAGCAGCAUCCUCACCUCACAGGUACUCGGCACGGCCGUCGCUAUGGUAACCCAAGACGGAAUCGCUAUCGAUGGGCAGCCGCACGUCACCAUGGUUACCGCUGGAAAAGAGAUGCAGCCGGUCGCCAUAGUAACGUCAGACGGCAUCAUGACGGAGAUGAACUCAUCUCAGUACCAACAGGUGGCGCUGUUGGCCACGGAGAACGGCACACAGAUCGCAGUACAGUUAGAAGACCAGCAGACUUUAGAAGAAGCGAUUACCAUGGCAACAGCAGCGAUCCAGCAGAGCGGACUGAGCUCAGAUCAGUGAAGAUCACAGAAGCCUCUGAAUGUUUGUCACGGUGUUUUUUACCUGCUGCUGUAUGUGUAAUAAUAAAGAUUAGUUUAUAUUUGUUA